AUGCGGCAGUGGAAGGGUGAAUUUCCGCUCUUCUCGUUCUCCUGGUUCCGAGCAGCACCCCCUGAGCGGCCCCUUCCCCUGGAAGAUGUGGAUUCAGCCUUGCAGAAGGGCCUGGACAGCGACUCGGACAGCGGGCAGGGCAGCUGCCAGGCAGGCUCCCCGGGGGGCUGCAGCCAGGACACAGGGGACAGAGAUUCAGAGGAAGAGAUUUUUGUAUGUAAAAAAGCAAAAGGCAAGAAGGUGCUUGAGGACAGUGAGAGUGAAGAUGGAGAGGAUGGCAGCUCUUCUGUGCAGAAUGACACCCUGGGUGGAGACAAGGAAAAUGAGGAGGAAAAAGAGAACAUUACUGCCCUGGGGAAGAAGAAAUCCCGUUGGAUUCAGCAGGGUCUGCUGGAUAGUGAUGACAGUGACUCUGGUGACCAAUUGCAGACUGAAAAUCUUGACACAAGCAGAAUGUCUGGCUCACCUGAGGAGGAGUUGGAAGAGGAGAGACCCCUAAAAUCAGGGAAACAGUACAGAAAACAUGAACAAAGGAAGCAGAAGGAGCGGAAAAUUGAGUUCAUUAAACAGCUGAAAAAAGAAAAGAAGCCUAGAGCAGAGGUAUGUCAGGCAGAUGGUGGUGAGAGGCUUCCUUUGAAUGACAGUGGGUGCCUUCUUGAUGACAAAGAGCUUUUUGAUAAUGGCUUAGAAGAGGAGGACGAUUCCCCCCCCGAGGAUGAGGAGUCGAUAGAAUCAAUACGAGCAGCAGUGAAGAGCAAAAUAAAAAAACACAAGAACAAAGAAAGGUUUCCUGAGGGUGAAGGCUGCAAACAUGUCUUUGAGGAGGAGGAACCUGCAUUGAAAGAACCAAAAAGAAAGGAACGAAAAGCAGCAAGGUUAAGUAAAGAAGCCAUUAAGCAGCUACAUAGUGAGACCCAAAGACUUAUUAGAGAAUCAUCUGUGUCUCUCCCAUAUCAUGUGCCUGAGGCCAAAAGUGUUCAUGACUUCUACAAGCGCAGACCUCGGCCGGCGUGGCAGGGAAAUGCCAUGGCACUGCUGAAGUCCACUAAAUACCAGCUGCCCCCAACUGAAGAACCUGCAGACACCAAGAAUGUGAGCACAGAUUGCAAGGAUGGGAAAACAGAAGGUGGUCAGUCAGCAGCUAAUGAAGCAGGAACGAGCCUUGGCAGAGAUGUUGAUACUACUGUGAACAAGCCUCUUGCUGAUGUAGGGGAGAACUUGACAGAAGACAGUGAUGGAAAGCCCAGGCAGGACAGUGAUGACUCCAGCACAGUCAGGACUGCAGCAGCUGAUGGUGAUUCAGAAGAGUCCUCCAACCUCCCCAGCACUGACUGUGGUGAAGAGCAAGAGAAUGAAAUUCCUCUGGCAGCUGAGGGAGGUGUCCUUGAGCAAAGAGACCAAACAGCACCAGACACAGCCUGUGAAAAAAGCAAUCAAGGGGGGCCUGGGUUGGUGCCACAGCCUGAAAAAGUGAAGAAGUCCAAGCUGGAUAAACUUCGUGAGCUGGGAAUAGACCUGUCCAUCCAGCCAAGAAUCUGCUCUGACAACCAAUCCUUUAUAAACCUUGAUGAGUCUGAUUCAAAUAAAGAGCUGGAAGCCUUGAAAGCACGUUUCCUGAAACACACUCUUGGAGUGUCCAAAUCCAAAGGUGAACGGACCAUAAACAUGAACAUUGUUCGUAAGGAAACAACAUCAGAAGGGAAAGAUUUAGAACUGCAGGCAGAUGUGGUGCCAGCAGUGCUGGCUGCAGAGAGCCUGGAUGAAACAGCCCACACAAAGCCAGGUGAGAAGCUACAAGCUCUGAAGGCAAAGCUGCAGGAGGCCAUGAAGCUGCGCAGGACCGAGGAGCGCCAGAAGAGACAAGCACUGUUUAAACUGGAUAAUGAGGACAUGCUGGAGGAAGAGGAGGAGGAAGAGGAAGAGAUGACAGAUGAAUCUGAGGAAGAGGAAGAAGGCAAUGAGAACAUGGAAUUUUUGCAUGAUGAAGCAGAGGAAGAUAAUGAAGAAACAGAAGAGAAACAUCUAGAGGAUGGUGAUAAAGAAACUGACAAAGAGUCAGUUGAUGGAGAAAAGCUGGAGAAAUCUGUGCAUUGUGAUUCUGUUCCCAAACCACCUUCAACAGAGUCAACAUUAAUGCUUUUCAAGGACAGUUCCUCAAAAAUGGGAUACUCUCUUCCUGAUGAGAAACUUGAAAUGGAAGAAGCUGCAGACAAAGGGCCUACCAAGUUAGAGUAUGAGGAUUCCUUUUCCCUGCCCACCCUGGCAAAGGAGAGCAGCCACAACAGCAGCUUUGAACUGAUUGGCUCCAUGAUCCCCUCCUAUCAGCCCUGUAACAAACAGAUGUCACGGGGGGGAAACUUCUUGUCUGCAGCAGGAGGUUUCAGGUCACCUUCCCCAGGUUUCUUCAAAACCAGCUUUAUCAGCUCUGCUUCCAAGAGCUCAGGAAAGACAUCUGAGCCCUCUCUUCCCAUCGAGGAUUCCCAGGACCUGUAUAAUGCCUCUCCUGAGCCCAAGAGUUUAUUUCCAGGGGCUGGGGAGUCACAGUUUCAAUUUUCUUUGGAAGAUGACACCCAGAGUCAGCUGCUUGAUGCGGAUGGGUUCUUGAAUGUUGGACAACACAGGAAUAAAUACCAGUCCUCAAAGCACCAGCUGACUCUGGCUAGUAUGGAUGAGAAUGCCAUGGAUGCCAACAUGGAUGAGCUACUGGACUUGUGCUCUGGGAAGUUCAGCAGCCAGGCUGAGCAUGUGCCAAGCACCAGCAGCCACAAAAAGCAGAACAUGGAAGAAUUGCUGAAUCUUUGUUCAGGAAAAUUUGUGACUCAGAGUUCUCCCACAUGGGCAUCUUCUAUAUCUUCCAAGGCAGAAAAGGACAGUGAUACAGAAGAUCCAAUGGCAGAAGCUCUAGCACUUUGUUCAGGCUCCUUUCCCACAGACAGGGAAGAGGAAGAUGAGGAGGAGCAGGAAGAACUUGGUGACUUCCAGCUUGUGACAGAUGACAAUGCCUUUGAUAGCGAAGAGGACAAAAAAAAUGGAGACAGUGAUGCUGAAGAAGCAGAAACAAGUGAUGAAGAAGAACAACUGCUGAGAUAUAGACAGGGCUUGAAGAAGAAACUAAGACUACAGGAUUUCAUGGAAGAGGAGGCAGAGCUGUCAGGGAGUGAUGUGGGAAGCGAGGAUGAGUAUGAUGGUGAAGACCUGAAUGAAUACGAAGAAGAGAUUAUUGAUGAGGAGCUCCCUAAUGAAGAGGAAUUAGAAAAUCAAAUACAGAAAUUCCACAUGAAGGCGAUGCUUGAUGACGACAAGCGCCAGUUGCGCUUGUACCAGGAGAGGUACCUCCUUGAUGGGGACCUGCACAGCGAUGGCCCUGGCAGGAUGAGGAGGUUCAGAUGGAAAAACAUAGAUUAUGCUUCCCAGAUGGACUUGUUUCAGAGAGAUUCAGAUAAUGAUGAUGAAAAUGAACAGUUUGAUGAGACAGAAGCAAAAUGGAGGAAGGAGCGAUUUGAGCGGGAGCAGUGGCUGCGGGAGCAGAAGGAAAAGAAUAUAGAGCAGGAGGAGGAGGAAGAAAUUGGUGAAGACAGCCAAUUCAUGAAACUAGCAAAAAAAGUAACUGCCAAGUCUCUAGAGAGGAAAGCCAGCCCAGCAGUGGUGGUGCAAGACACAACUCUGUUGCCCAGGAACCCAUUUGAAACCUUCAGACCUGCCAGUGACAUCCAGAUAAAAAGUGGGUCCCUCUUGAGCAGACCCAGAGCUGUCCUGCAGAAGCUCGCAGCCAUGUCGGAUCUUAAUCCCAAUGCACCUCGAAAUUCAAGGAAUUUUGUCUUUCAUACACUUUCCCCAGACAAAAGUGAAGAGGCAAAGGAGAAAUCAAAACUGCAGGUGAGGAAGAGAGGUCCUGCUGCAGCAGUAACACCUCUGGCCAAGCGGCCCAGGGUGGACAGCACAGAGGAGACCAGUCAGAGCCGAAGCAUAUUCCAGUACUUGGAGAGCUGA